AUGCCUACCGCUACCCUAUCUCCUUCUACCCUCGCAACGCCCUCGUCGGCUGCGGAUCGACUGCGCCAGCUCGGAUACGAUCCCGACUCGCUGCUGGCCCACUUCCAGUCGCAGGGCUACGUGAUCGUCGACGGCGUCCUCUCGUCGACAUCCGACUCGUCCCUCGGCCUCGAAUCGCUGCGGUCCUGCGCCCAGGAGGCGAUCCAGCUGACCCGCUCGGGCGACUGGACGGCAAGGAGGGUCGUCGGCAAUGCGUUUCCGCCCUUUGACCGCGACAACCGCGACAGCUGGGGCGUCCAGCACAUCAUGAACCCGCAGCUCGACGCCGUCGCCCAACGAGCUCGCCUGCGCGGCGAUGACGGACACGCCUCGACCCCAUCGUCAUCGACGCCGGCAAGAAGCCUGUCAAAGACGUUCCAGGACUUCUACUCGAGCUCGCCGCUCCUCGACAUCGCAUCGCUCCUGGUCGGUGCGCCAGAGGAGCGCAUGCAGAUGGAGCUCUUCAACCUGCUCAUCAACCCAGAGGCCCACUCGUACUUUGCCCUCUCCUGGCACCGCGACGACAUCAGGCCCGACGUCGACGAGGCCGAGGAGCUGCAGCGGCUGGCCAGGCCCACGUACGGCGUCCAGUUCAACACGGCGCUCUACGACGACGACUGCCUGUUUAUCGUGCCCGGCACCCACCGGAGGCCGAGGACCGCCGAAGAGAGGAAGGCCAACAUGGCAAAGGCGCCGCCCGCCAUCCCCAUCGACGGCGAGGGAGACGACCGCCGCGCCGAGCUGGAGAAGCCCGACGGCGGCUGGGAGGUCGACCCGCCGCAGACGCUGAGGGUCAGGCUAAAGGCGGGCCAGACGGCCUUCUACUCGCAGCGGAUCCUGCAUCGAGCCUCGUACCUGGCCAGUCGGAAGCGGGCGACGCUGCACGCCUGCUACGGCGACAUUGGCGACGACGAGGCCGGAGAAGCGGGGGGCGCCGAGCGGGCGCGCAACAUCCUCCAGCACGGCGUCGAGUGGAUGCGAGACGAAGAGUUUGGCGCCAGCCUGCCGCCCCGGCUCCGUCCCAUGUGGAACAACCUGAUACGGACCGAGAAGAAGUGGGCCGAAAAGGACCUCGGAUACAGCCUGGACAACUGA